UGAUUUGGUGUGGAUGAAGGCAGCCCACUGAGCUGGCUUUACUUGGGCUGUUAAUGCUGGGACAGCUCUGCUGAGGCUGCAGCGCUGACAAUGUGUGCCUCUUUGCAGGGAGGCUGGUUUUUAUCACAGCGGGACAGUGUCUGUGACCAGCGUUCUGUGACUCAAGACCCGUGCCCUGUGGAGCAGCCAAGGAAAAGGUGGGAUGUGCAACAGACAGUGGUAAGUAAUUUGUCCUGUGUGAACAGAAGCAAUUCCCCAGCACCCACAGAUGCACUUGGGAUCAAGUCUUCAUCCUUCUGCCAAGGGGAAGAGUCCUUAGCUCUGCCUCUCCCCUAUUCUGCAGGAUGGCAGAAGCAGGAGAGGUGUUCUCAUUUCCUCUGCUUGUGGUCCAGGACACCGCAGUGGAAAAGCAGCUGCCUCUGCUUGAGUGGGCUGCUGGAAAGGGUGGUUGGCUGGUGGGUGUGUGUUGGGCUGAUUACUCAGCCCCCGACUGGCAGCACAGCUCUUGUGUGCCCAGCAAGUGCUUUGCUGCUGAGCACACCUGCUUCCCGAGCCUGGCUGCUGAGCACAAUUUUGAGCGAGCGCAGCCUGGUGCCAGGCUGGUCCCUCUGCGCGUGGGUGCUGCCUCAGAGUGGGAGGAGCAGGCGGGCGCCCCAAACGUGCAGCCGAGGGCGGAAGCUCUUUGGGGUUUGCUGUUGAUGCUUUCAUAGAGUUGCAGUGUCUGAGCUCGGUGUUCAGGGCUGGAGUGAUGCAGACGUAUAAAGUCAGAGCUGGGUCUUCCCCCAGCGCUCAGUCUGGGACAGCCCCGGCAGCCUUUGGCCGCCACAUGGAAGAUCACACCAAGCACGUCCAGCCCAUCCCGCUCCCAGCCAUGCAGCAGAACUUGAACUACGUGUACCCCCAGAUCUUUUGGGUGGACAGCUGUGCCAACGCAAGUACUUCCUGCCCCCCGACAACACCUCCUGCUCCUUUCCCACCACCUGUACCGGACCGGAGGAGAAAACCAAGGAAUAACAGAGAAAGGAGGAGUACCGGCUUCCUGGUGAUCUCCUUGCUGAUCCUGCUGGCCCUCACUGGAGUGGGGCUGAGCAUGUUUCAGAUUUUCCACCUGGAGAAGGAACUGGCUGAACUCAGAGAGUCUGCCAGCACUGAACACAUUCCUCCAGCUUUGGAGAAACUCAUAGGGGAAAAGGAGCAGUCAAUGAAAAAGGAAGUGAGGAAGGCAGCACACUUAACAGGAAACCCAGCCCAGCGGGACCUCCCUUUGGAGUGGGAACCCAUCUCUGGCCAUGCCUUCACCAACGGCAUUCAGUACCGUGAUCAGGGCCUUGUCAUCAAUGAGACCGGCCUCUACUUCGUGUAUUCCAAUGUGCUUUUCCGGGGCAGUGUCUGCAGCAGCCAGGUGUUGACCCAUGUUGUCUACAAGAAAAACCCAGCCUCAUCGAGCAACAACGUGCUGAUGGAGGACAAAAUCAUCAACUACUGUGUAAGUCAGAAAACAUGGGCCCGGAAAAGCUACAUGGGGGCUUUAUUCAACCUCAGGAAGAUGGACAGUUUGCAUGUCAAUGUCUCCAAAAUUGCUCUGGUUAGUUUUGAGGAAUCCAAGACAUUCUUUGGCUUAUUUAUGCUUUAAAUGGGGAUGCUGGAGCAUGGCUGGCAACCCCCACACACGCUAGGACACGUGAUGGGUGAGCGCUGCCUGAGAGGCAGUGCCCAAGCCAGGGUCUUGCACCAUGAAGCCCACCAAGAAACCAUGUUUUGGUCUUCAGGGUGAGAGGGCUCAAGCAACUGAUAAAGGCUUGAAAGUGGACCUCUGGGAAGCACCAGGGCUGUACUGUGUCAACCUGAAGAGACUCACACAUUUUUCCCCCUCUGAAAAAAACAAGAAGCUCAAAAUACAGUGUGCCGAAGACCCUGUUGAAACUCACUACUUUUUGCUACCUGAGAAGAUGCUGGUGCCAGCAGCCCCAUGUGGAAUUGUGGCCCUGGUGAGCCUGGGCCAGCAGGCAUGUGGGGACAGCUGGUGGGUGUCGAGGAGGUCUCUUGAACCAGGGCUGUGGGUGCCUGGGCCAUGCCGUGCCACACCGCAGCCAGUGGUGUGGGAACGAGUAGUGUGGAUGCCUCAACUGCCCUCCCCAAGCCAUGGCUGGCCACCCUACCCAGGCACUCAGCACAUGACUCCUGUAUAGCAGGCACCUGCCUGCUCGCUGGCUCGUUAGAUGUGAUAUGUUCAGUUUCUGUUAAGUUAUCAACUGUUCCCAUCCCAGAAAUUGUCCCCAACCCUUUUAUUUAACUCACCCUAACUGCCUUUUAAAGAAUGUGCAGUGGUGCCCUGAAGGGGAGAGUAAAUAAAGGUGUAUUUUUCUAGUAAGUGGCACUGUCCUCUCCUCAAUUGGGGCAGCAGGCUUCUGCAAUGGCCAAAGACCUGAAGGCCUCUCUGAUCAGGGGCCAGCACCCUGCUCCCUCUCAGCAGCACGGCAGAAAUCUGGAAGCCUGACCCCACUUCGCUGCCUGCUUGGUGGGGCAUGGAGUCCCUGCCAUGAAAUUUUGGGGCUCCAGCAUCAAAACAUCAGAAUUUGGGGACCAGGGAGGUAUGAUGUGGACAACACAGAGCAGGCACCCCAAGUCCUGUUUGGCCAUCAGGAAGGGAACUAAUCUGAAAACACAGGCUUGAGCUUGAGUGGAGCCAGGCACUUGUCACUGAGCAGAAGUGUUGCUGUCCCCAAAUGCACUAUGCUCCUUUGUAUACUCUCUGGCCCCAGCAGCAAUUCCUAUGUGACAGUCGGAAAGGAAAGGAAGGGGUGCUUUGGUGUUUUUUUAAAAAAAAAAAAAAAAAAUCACAAAAACAAACCCCAAACAAAAAACCCAAUCAGAAAUCCCAAACAAAUAAAAUCCGGGGGGGGACACGACACAACCCAAAGAAACCCAUAACCAAAAGAACCCUGUUUUCUCACUCUGGUCCAUGGAGUUCUUUCCUUGCAUGGGUUAUCCCCAGGGCUGUCUGCCAUGUUGCCACCAGGCAGUGCACAAAGGCUGCAGCUGUGGUGCAUCAUCAUCAUCUUUGCCUGUGAUCCAGUGGUUCCUGCUCUGAUGUUGGUCACAGUGAAAAGUGGCUCUUCAGCAGCCAGAAGCAUUUAUUUCCUUUUCCAUGGUGCUGCUCUCAGCUUGGUGGUAUGUGGUCUGUGGUUUGCUGUCACUUGCUUCAGAGAAACUUAUUUCUCUGAAAUUUCAAGUGGACUGGCUAUUGCUGUGGUCAGGGUGAAGAGAACGCUGCACCUCUCUGCUUACAUAGUUGUUGCUGCACUCAGAUACUUCCACUGCAUUUCUCAGGAUGGAAGAUGCCCCAAAAGGUCAAAGUUUAGGGACCUUUUUGCUCGUGUGCUGCUUUGUCACUGUCUCUAGCCCCCUCUUAGUAUCAGAGCGGCAAACCACGUAGCACAGCAAUGGAGAUGCUGGAUCCAGACCCUGCCAGGAAAGGCUGGCAGUUGAUAUCCUUUUCUGAUUGCUGUUUGUGCUGUGUUGCUUUCCUAGUGACCAGACAUCCAAGUCUAUCUGGGCAGUGGGCAUCUGUAUGUACACAUGCCCACAAGCUUGCAACUAUUUCUGUAGCAAAACUAGCUGAGCACUUUGUGUGCUUCCUUUCUUUACUGGUGAGCAGCUCGGAGGAGAUGCAGGGCAUCCAGUGCCCAGAGGAAGCUCACACUGAGGUUAUGUUCUCUGCUAGUACUACAUUGGUGAAGGGCUGGAAAGCUCCCAAAGGUUUCUAUAAUUCAGCACAUGGUAACUCAUCUAGAUCAUGAAUGUAGUGAGCUCUGGGGCAGGAUGUGGCAGUUGCUAUUGCUGCGUAUCAGGGGGAGGCGAGGAUCUGUUAGUCUUUUUAUCUGAAAUGCUAAAGGCAACGCAGGCCUGCAUGUUUCAGAGACAGUGGCACAGUGGGGUGGAGAGUCAUAUUAUAAAUAGCACUGGGAUCUCCUGAGGUGGACAGAGAUGAUUUAUCCUUGCAGGAUAAAGUUAGGUGCUGCUAGGCUUGCUCCUGAGCCAGAGAGUGGCUGUGACUGUUCAGUCAGCGGCACAGCUGCCAGUAAGACACGUGUUUCUGCUUUGUGAUCUCUUCCUCAAAUAUUGCUAUAAACUGCCCAGAAAAAAAAUCCACUACUUGGCCUGUGGGCUCUGACUAAAGAUUCAAAGUAAGGUCAUGACAGUAUUAUACAAUUUCAAACCACACAGAGUCAAUUCCUAGACUGCUUGUGCCACAAUGGCUUUAUUAAAGUAAUCUGUUUAUCUAGCUAAUGAGCUUUCAUUUAGUGAAAUACUUGCUUAUUGUUACCAUGAAAUACUUAAUGAAUAUUUAAUGCUGGCAUUAUUAA